CUGACUUAUAACACUAUGGUUGUUGCAGCAAUGAGGCCCUCUGGUGACGUCUUCCUGGAGGUCAACACAACUGUUGAAGUCAUCUGUUACAUUACCAACCACACAUCACUUCUCAGGGCAGACAACCUCACCUUUGUUCGUCAACAAACACAUCUACCAUCCCAGUGGCAGGUGGUUGACAACUACACCAUCUCUCUGGCACUGUCCGAGGCAGUGCCAACCACCUACAACCUGUAUUGUUUCGGCGGUGACUCUUUCUGCGGUGCCAAGGUGAAGGUGGGAUAUAAGCCCCUGGAUGUGGAGAACUUCGAGUGUGUCUCCUACAACUGGCUCCUGCUGCAUUGUACCUGGUCGUUACCUAACAACCCAGCCCAGGAUGCUGUCUACAAGCCUUACCUACUGUCUUCCACGUCAUCUGGAGCUGAGUGCAGUCCGUCAGACAGCUGUCAGGACCUUCAAACAUGCUGUCAAUGGCAACCCCCGGAAUAUUCCCAGUCUGACAGACACCUGUCUGUCAUAUUUGACACGUCUAACAGCCUGGACAGUGAGGUGGUCAAGUUCAACCAUACCUUUGACAACUAUGCAAUAGUGCUUCCCAAUGCGGCCUUGAACGUGGUAGUGACGUCCGUGGAUGGGUCACUGUCAGCAGAGGUGAAUUGGUCACUGCCAGCACCGAUGGACGUGUUCAAUACGAACUGUGGUAUCGUGUCCCUGGUUGACUACCGUCUCCAGCAAGACCCCUGGAUUGUGGGUGCCACAGGAGAGUGCCAGAAGGCCAGGUGCUGGACAGUGGUCCAGCUGGACCACUGGUGGACAGAGUACGAGGUCAGAGUACGUUUACGGUCCGCUGCAGCCAACUUCACUCUGGAUGACGAUGGAUGGUGGUCGUCAGGGUCAUCCACCACCACCCUGACCCCCUCAGCAGUACCUGAAGUGGCACCUGCCGUAGGACCUGGCACCUUCCUGGUCACCAUCAGGUCACUACAACAACGUGACCUCACCUUCACCUGGAGACCUGUCCCUACCCUCCUUCACAAUGCUCCUGACUUCACCUACUUCGUCAGCGCCUCUGUCAGCGCUACUAGGGAGACAGUCGCAAAUGCUACUGUAAUGGACACCUUUGUCACCUUCACCAACCUUUCCACUAGCCAGUCUUACAGAUUGGAAGUUGUGGGUCAGAACAGUGAGGGUAUGGGACAGGAGAGGUCGUGGGUGCAAGUGUGGGCAACCAGGGACAUGCCCCAAGUACCCACCCUGCCUGUCGUUAUAAUACAUCAACUACAACAACAACAGCUGUAUGAGCUCAGGUGGUCUGGUAAUGGUGAGAAUGAUACUCAUUCUACUGUGUACCUUUGCACCGAUGGCCUCAACACCAAGCAACCAUGUAAGGCUGACAUCUACUGGCUGACAGUGGGUGAGCUGACAUCUGUCAAUCUCACUCUGGCUGACUUCAACCUGACGGAUGCUGAUGGAGGUUCUGGAGUGAGGUUUGGAGUGUCAGUGGAAGCUGUGGAGUCAGGGGCCUCCAGUGGUAUGUCCUGGGAUACCUGCACCAUUCCCAGGGUAUACUCCACCGCCCUCACUCCACCUACUGUAAUCACGCCCAUUGAUGUGACCGACACCAUGGCCAGGAUAGAGUGGUCCUUGGACUGUGAUAACUGGGCAGGUGUAGUGGAGGCCAUUGAGACUAUUUACUGUACAGGUUACUACAACCUCUCGCAGGACUGUUUUGGUGAAGUGCAGGUGGAGAGUGAAGUGUGGCUAGGUGAGGUGAAGGUGAGGCACCUAGCACCUGAAACACUCUAUACUGUGUGGCUGAGAGUCACCUAUCGUGCUGGAACCUCACAGUGGUCACCUGCCCAGAAUUUUACCACUGAUAACCCACCUGGUAGGUUCUUGGUUCACCUGAUAACUCACCUGUACCCCAAACCAUCUUCAGUGAGAUUAAGAAAUUCAAGGAGCCUUGUCAGCACUGUCAGUGAUCCACCGUCAGCACCUGUCAGCUCUGUCAGGAACGGCGUACCAAGUAGGUCACACAUGGAGGCGGUAGAUGGUGGACGAGGUGUGGCCCUGACUAGCCACACACUUCACCAAGCUAUUGAGAGUAGUGACGGUUCACCAGAGGACGUUACCAGGUCGACUGAUGUUAGUGCUGGGACGAGCAGGGAGUCGAACCGUGACCCUGGUGUGCUGGUGCCUUACACCGUCUAUGAUGUGACUUCGUCACAGACCUCUGGAGUGCCUUCGUCACAGACCUCUGGAGUGCUUUCGUCACAGACCUCUGGAGUGGCCUCGUCACAGACUUCUGGAGUGGCCUCAUCACAGACUUCUGGAGUGGCCUCAUCCCAGACCUCCAGCACACUGCAGGACUCUGGAUAUGUGGUACCCAUCUUCCCUGAUGAUACACUCUCUCCACCACCCAUAAAAGUAAGCAGUUCACUUGAGAAUCUGACCACUAUGUUGAUGAACAAGACCCUGACAUCUGGAUACGUCGCUGUGGAACCACGUCACUUUGCUGCUGAAGCAAGCAGUGACACUGCUGUAGCAAACAGUGACACUGCUGUAACAAGCAGUGACACUGCUGUAGCAAGCAGUGAUCUUACGCCCCAUGGAACGAGAAAACUUAUAAAUUUAGAUGACACGGAGACAAGUGGCUACGAUAUUACAGAUCCACAACAUUUCUGGUCUGAAAGUAUACCUCCGGGUACAGGCUAUGUUGCAGUACCACCACCUGACUUUGGUACGCUGCCCCAGGCAACAGACAUUGCUAGCCAUGACAGGGCACAACACAGGGACCCACAGUCAUGGCUUGUGUCUACCCCAGAGAAAGACAGCAGCAAGAAAGGAUAUAUAAUGCUAGAUUUCCUUGUAGGAAACAGAGAUGACCAUCCCUCAUCCCAGGAGCAAGCAUCAUCACCUACACCCUUAUUGCUCGCUGGAGAGCGUGAUUCUGGAGAUGGAUCUUGCAAGUACAGCUCUCAGUUUGCAGAAUCAAUGCCAUAUAUCAAUUUCAACGAGGCUAUGAGAACUUUUACAGCGGAAGAUGCAGCAGGAACUGUUGCAGAGGAACUUACGCAGCUACUCAGUGUUGCACCUUCUCCAGGUUAUGUUGCUAUCCAGCCACCAGACUUCGGUGCGCCAAGACAGUGCACCAGCCAGGACACUCUGGAAGACACCGUGCACGAUUUAGCAAGUGAAACUCACAGAUCUAACGAAGAUAAGAUCAUUCUUAACCCUAAACCCGUAAUGCAGCCACUGACUGACCCUGUCAACCAUCCCACAACACCCACACUGCUACAGGUAGAUCCAGGGACAUCCACCAGAGGGUUCAACAAAGGUUCUGGGUCCACGAAUGAGGCAUCUGUGGAUAAUAUUGGUGCUGGCAGCAGUGGGUAUGUAGCACUCCCAAUACCUCACCAGGUACAAGCCUGGGAUGCCCUCUCCAGUGAUGGAUGCCCUCGUGGAUCUAUCGACACGUCACGUCUUAUCACAGGACAACACGACCCAUCACAAUACCUCACUACCAGACCACAAGACCCCCCGCAAUACCUCACUACCAGACCACAAGACCCCCCGCAAUACCUCACUACCAGACCACAAGACCCCCCGCAAUACCUCAAUACCAAAUCACAAAACCCCCAAGAACCAGAAUACCUCACCUUGAAAGACCUUGUGAAAUACGACAGCCAUCCUGGUACCCCAGUACUAAAUGGCAAGAAGACUGAUACCACACUAGUGACUAGUGAUACCACAACACCAGUGACUAGUGAUACCACAACACCAGUGACUAGUGAUACCACAACACCAGUGACUAGUGAUACCACAACACCAGUGACUAGUGAUACCACAACACCAGUGACUAGUGAUACCACAACACCAGUGACUAGUGAUGGUAGCUGCAGUAACGAGAGCCACGGUGUGGUGUUGAGAAGAAAGAGAUCAGUAUCAGAGGGAACUCUCGUAGGCUACAGUAGAGUUGGAACUUCCUCUUACUCCUGAACUUUCAUCUUGAAAUUGAACUUGUUAUCUGCAAACUGAACUUGUUGUCUUUAUACUUUUCGUCUUAAAUGGAGCUUUCAGCCUUAAAUGGAGCUUUCAGCCUUAAAUGGAACUUUCAGCCUUAAAUGGAACUUUCAGUCUUAAAUGGAACUUUCAGUCUUAAAUGGAACUUUCAGUCUUAAAUGGAACUUUCAGCCUUAAAUGGAACUUUCAGCCUUAAAUGGAACUUUCAGUCUUAAAUGGAACUUUCAGCCUUAAAUGGAACUUUCAGUCUUAAAUGGAACUUUCAGCCUUAAAUGGAACUUUCAGUCUUAAAUGGAACUUUCAGUCUUAAACAGAACUACCAGCGUUAAACGGAACUUUCAG